AUGAACGAAUUGAAUAAAAAUGAACACAGUUCUUCUGACGAUGAUGAUUCGGGAAGAUCUUCUUCCUUCAUAGACACACCUUCUAAUGGGAUCGAAAAAGAUAAUCUUUUAAUAGAUGACGUUUCUAACAAAGACAAUAAUAACCUAAUAGGAGACAAUAAUGAGGACAAUAUACUAUCUUUACAGUAUAAAUUAGAAACCCAAAGGAAUAACUUUGAAUUGAAAUUACUACAAUUAGAAAGAAAGUAUAAUCAUCUAGAAAUGAAUUAUAAUUCUAAAUUAGAAGAAUUAGAGUUAUCAAAUAGUAAUGUAAUAUAUAUGAAAGAGAAAGAACAAAAAAUCCAAGAACAGUUAACAAAUUGUGAAAAUAAAUAUAAUCAAAUGGAGACAGAGUUAAAUCAAAAGAUUCAGGAAUUAUCUUCUGAAUUAAUUGGAAGGAAACAAUCAUUUAAUACUUUAAAGAUUAAUAAUGAUCAAAAGAUAAAUAAAUUAGAAUCAGAUGCUGAAAAUUACCAAAUUACAAUUCAAAAUUUACAACAGUCAAUUGAUCGUUAUGAAGCCACUAUAGGAGAUCAAUCUAGGGAGAUAGUUACCUUGACCAAUGCAAAUAAUCAAAAAGAUGAAGAAAUUAUAUGUUUAAAACAAUUAUUAUCUAAUUCUAACAUAACUACCACUACCACUACCACUACCGUUAACAACAAUGAUAGUGGCAACUCAAGUCAUGAUACUUGUUCUAGUUCUAAUGGACCUAAUGUAAAUAAUAAACAUAUUGAUACCACAUCUACUAAUGAAACUGACGAAUUAACCACGAUUACCAAACUAUUCCAAUCUCAAAUUAAAUAUACAACACAACUAGAAGAAACUAAUAGAAGACAAGAAGAAAGAAUCAAAGUUUUGGAGAAUUCUUCUGAUCUAAGUAAAUAUUGGAAGUCUGAAGUGGAUUCUUUGCAAAUGAAGUUGCAAGAAUUUGAAAUGCUACAAAAAGAUUAUCAAAAUUCUCAAUUAGAAUUAUUAGAAUUAAAAUCUAAAUUAGCAGAAUGGAAUCUAUAUAAAGAAGAGCAGGAGCAAAAAGAAGAUCAAGAUCGAGCAAAAGAAGAAAAAAAUAAUGAUAAAGACAAUCAUAAUGAUGACACCAAUAAUAUUAUUAAAGACGAACAGAAUAGUUCACAAGAGAAUAACAAUAGGGAUUAUGUCUUAGAAGAAAAUAAUCCAAGUGAGAUUCUUCAUGAAUUAAGUUUAACCAAGAAAGAAAAUGUGGUGUUAAUUGAAGAAAACAAUCAAUUAAAUAUUAAUAUUAAUAGUUUAAAAAUUCUAAAUGAAGAAUUAGCAUUAGAAAGAAAUCAAUUAUUAGAUUUAAAUAAGACAUAUGAAAUUAACAUUCUAAGUUUAAAAAAAUUAAAUUAUGAAUAUGAACAACAGAAAGUACUAAUAAAUGAGGAAUGUAAAUUAUUGAGGAAUCAAUUAAAUGAAUUUGUUAAACUUGAUCAAGAUACCUUGAGUAAUGAUAGUAGGAAUAAUGACGACAAUAAUAACAAAAAUAAUGGAGAAUUAGUACAAAAAGGUUUAGAGACUCUUGUAGAUGAUUAUAAGAAUAGAUCAGAGGAGCUAACAAAUGAUCUAAAAUUAUUGAAUGAAAAAUUGGCAAAUUCUCUUAAAGAAGAAAAAGAUAGUAAUAAUAAGAAACGUAAGCUAGGAGGCUCCCCGCAGUCCAGUGGAUUAACAUAUUACUCUCAAAGAAUAAAUGAAUUACAAUUAGAAAAUGCUAAAUUAAAUAGAGAUUUAGGCAAAUAUAAGAACUUAAACAGAUUACUUGAUGAAAAAUUGAAAAGAUUGAUAAUAUUAAAAGAGAAAAAAAUUAGAAUAUUACAAUUAAGAGACAAUCCAUUAGCAAAAGAACAAUUCGUAAAAAGAAAACAAUUGGCCUUAUUAAAAGAAGAAAACGAGGAUUUAUUGAAAAAGUUACAAUCCUCAACAGCAGAUAUUAAAAGUGUGCCAUUAUCAGUAGUGAAGACAAUGGAGUUUGAAUUAAGACAAUGCGAAAAAGAACUAUUUAAAUCAAAUAAAAGAUUUACAAGGUUAAGAGAAUUUUUUAAUAAAAAAUCAUUAGAGUUUAUUGAAGUAGUUAAUUCAAUACUUGGUUUCAAGCUAGAAUUCCAACAAAAUAACAAAGUCAAAAUAUAUUCCUGUUUUAGACCAGAUAAGUACCUAGUUUUAGAUCUAGUUAAAAACACAUUAGUAUCAAAUUUGAACUUAAGCAAUUGGGAAGAAUUAUUAUCUACGUGGAUAGAACAAAGAGAACAAAUUCCUUGUUUCCUCGCCACAAUAACACUACAACUUUGGCAGGAAACUGUUAAUUAA